AUGGGUAAUUGCUUAGGUUUUUCAGCUAAAGUGGAUAGUAGCAACCAUAGCCCACAUGCUAAUUCUGGUACUUCUUCAGCUACUUCUGCUUCUUCGGCUUCAAAAGUUUCGAAAAACACAAGCCGUUCGACGGUCCCUUCAGGACUAAACACAAAUUCUUACAGCACAGAGAACAGUUUAGGAUCAUUACCAACGGUUAGAACAGAAGGAGAGAUACUUUCAUCACCAAAUCUAAAAGCUUUUACUUUGAACGAACUCAAGAACGCAACUAAGAACUUUCGUUCUGAUAAUCUACUAGGCGAAGGAGGUUUCGGUUGUGUAUACAAAGGAUUUAUUGAUGAAACAACUCUCUCUGCUUCAAAACCUAGUUCUGGAAUCGUUGUUGCUGUUAAAAAGCUUAAGCCUGAAGGCUUUCAAGGUCAUAAAGAGUGGUUGACUGAAGUGAAUUAUCUUGGUCAACUUAGUCACCCAAAUCUUGUGUUACUAAUUGGGUAUUGCGCGGAAGGCGAAAACCGGCUUCUUGUAUAUGAAUUCAUGCCUAAAGGAAGCUUGGAGAAUCAUCUUUUUAGACGCGGUGCGCAGCCACUUACAUGGGCUAUAAGGAUGAAAGUGGCAGUAGGUGCAGCUAAAGGGUUAACUUUUCUUCAUGAAGCAAAGUCACAAGUGAUAUACAGAGACUUUAAAGCUGCUAACAUUCUACUCGACACUGAUUUCAAUGCUAAGCUUUCGGAUUUCGGUUUGGCGAAAGCAGGUCCUACUGGAGAUAAUACACAUGUGUCCACAAAGGUCGUAGGUACUCAUGGAUAUGCAGCUCCUGAAUAUGUCGCUACAGGUAGAUUGACUGCAAAGAGCGAUGUGUACAGCUUCGGCGUGGUGCUACUGGAAAUUAUAUCAGGACGACGUGCCAUGGACAAUUCAAAUGGUGGAACCGAAUAUAGUCUUGUGGACUGGGCGAAACCUUACCUUGGCGAUAAGCGAAAGCUCUUUCGCAUAAUGGACACAAAACUAGGCGGUCAAUAUCCACAAAAGGGAGCUUAUGCAGCUGCUAGUCUCGCGUUGCAGUGCUUAAACCCCGAUGCAAAGCUCAGGCCGAAAAUGUCAGAGGUUUUAGUCACAUUAGAACAGCUAGAAUCUGCUGCUAAACCUGGAACUAGACACACCCAAAUGGGAUCUCCAAGAGCUCAUCAUUCCUCUGUUGGGCAGAAAUCUCCAAGAAUAACUCCUGGUGCAUCGCCUUUACCGUCUUACACUCAGUCUCCGCGUGUAAGAUGA